AUGGAGAUAUCGUCAGUAGGAGCAAUCGCGUACAUUGUAACAUAUGAUGGAUAUUAUACAGCAGAUAUUCGUUAUAGCAUAAUUAGGGAAGCUGUGAAAAUUACGGUAAAUAUUGAGCCCAGGCCUGUUUUAUUGAGUGAUUUUGAUGUCAUCGAGGUAUCGGCAUGCAAUUCAACCGUCUUUGUAGAAUCAUUACAACGAUCCAUUCAUACAAGACAUGUUGCAAGUAAUAAUCGUUUCACAGCGGCGUUGCCUAAAAAACUAUUAGUGAGUCGAAGGCGUCAUUCUGAUGAUAACGAAAUUCGUUAUGUUACCAAACUCCUUAAUGUUGAUAAGUUAUGGAAUAUGGGAUAUAAAGGGCAAGGUGUGAAAGUUGCGAUUUUUGAUACGGGCCUUGGUAAACAUCAUCCUCAUUUCCAGCAAAUUGUUGAACGUACUGACUGGACAAACGAGAAAACUGCUGAUGACGGUCUCGGUCAUGGUACUUUUGUUGCUGGUUUAAUAGCUAGUUCAGAUAAGAGAUGUUAUGGAUUUGCUCCUGCUGCUAGUAUUUAUGCUUAUAAAGUUUUUACGAAGAAACAAAUUUCGUUUACCUCGUGGUUUCUUGACGCUUUCAAUCAUGCCAUCCUGCGGGGUGUAAAUGUCCUGAAUCUCAGCAUUGGUGGUCCGGAUUUUACUGACCGGCCAUUUAUGGAUAAGGUAUGGGAACUAACCGCGAAUGGAAUUAUUCUCAUUUCAGCAAUUGGAAAUGAUGGACCAAAAUUUGGGACUCUAAAUAAUCCAGCGGAUCAAAUGGACGUUAUUGGUGUUGGCGGUAUAAAUGGUGAUUCUAAAAUUGCACGUUUUUCCUCACGUGGAAUGACCACUUGGGAGCUACCAGGUGGUUAUGGGCGAGUUAAGCCGGAUAUUGUUUCCUACGGUGCCUCCGUCUAUAGUUCUUCCUUAGACGGUAAUUGUCGUGCUCUUUCUGGUACUUCCGUUGCAUCACCGGUAGUUGCUGGAGCGGUAGCUGUAAUGCUGAGUGGUAUCGAAGAUAAACGUUUGUGGAAUCCUGCAGUUAUAAAACAGGCAUUAGUGGAAGGUGCAACCAGGCUUCCUAAUGUGGCAACAAUGUUUGAACAAGGAGCUGGUAAAAUGAAUAUUCUUGCAUCAUUCCAAUUCAUGCGACGAUAUUCUCCACGAAUCACUUUCAUUCCACCAUAUAUUGACUUUAAUGAAUGUCCUUAUAUGUGGCCGUAUUGUAGUCAACCACUUUACGCUUCCGGUAUGCCUACUCUCAUUAAUAUUACGAUCGUUAAUGGAAUGGGUGUGUCUGGUCGAAUAAUUGCAGAGCCAAUAUGGGAGCCAUUUUUGGAUGAAAACGGUGAUUUGCUGAAUGUUUCAAUAUUAUAUUCGGAUCUCUUAUGGCCAUGGUCAGGUUAUAUGGCAGUUAUAGUAAGUGUUAUGCCAAAUGGAUGUAAUUUUGAUGGAACUGCAAGCGGACGAAUCAGUGUUACAGUCACAUCAGAUGAACGUGGUGGACAAAAGCAGUCAACUGCAUUAUUACCAAUACGAGUUCGUGUCAUUCCGACGCCCCCAAGAAGCCAGCGAUUGUUAUGGGAUCAAUAUCGAAACAUUCGCUAUCCGCCCGGAUAUAUUCCACGUGACGAUUUACGUGACAAGACAAAUAUACUAGACUGGAAUGCUGAUCAUCCACAUACUAAUUUCAAACCACUUUAUCAACAUCUUCGUAGCAGUGGUUAUUACAUUGAGGUUUUAGGCGAACCUCUUACCUGUGUGGAUCUGAGCCAGUAUUCAGCUUUUUUAAUUGUUGAUCCUGAGGAUGAAUUUUUUCCUAACGAGCAACAGAAACUUUAUGACGAAGUAAAUAAUGCUAACCUCAAUUUGAUCAUUUUUGCGGAUUGGUACAACACAUCUGUAAUUGAGAAAAUUCGAUUCAUGGACGAAAAUACCAAAGAGUGGUGGGAACCAGAAACUGGAGGGACAAAUUUACCGGCUUUAAACGAUCUUCUUAAGAAAUGGAAUAUUUCUUUGAGCUCACAUGUUCUGGAUGGUAUAGCCACUAUAGGACAAACACCAGUGAAAUACUUGUCAGGAACAUCAAUAUCUAAUGCUCCAUCUCAUGCCUUCAUUGCAUUAUCCAAUUUAAUUGAUUUGGGCGAAGAGAUAAUAGCAGAUAAAAAAGUUGAUCAGUUGUAUGAGGAAGCCAUUUUCUUGUACUACAAAAAUGACACUUUAUCAAAAACGUCGGGCUUUGUGGCAAUUUUUGGUGAUAGUUCAUGUCUUGAAGUUAGCACAACAUCGGAUGCAAAGAGUUGUAUCUUUUUGUUGGAAGCACUACUUGAAAGUGCAUUGGAAGGUGAUUUGAUCGAAAGUUUGCGUCAAUCGCUUGUACUUGCUGGUACUGCAUUAUCUUGGAAGCAUUCGCAGAAUUUACCACUUCCAAAGAGAAUGACUACUACGAAUUUUGCAAAAUAUUCAAAAGUUAUACUAGAUGUGUCAGCGAAUGCUGAACCAGUAUAUAGAGAAGAUCCAAAGUGUCGGAUUUUAUGGAGUGCUGUUUCGCAGCCGGUCGCCAACGUCACUCUUUCAUCAGAUUUGAGUGGCGGUCGUUUGAGGGAUGAUCAUACAAAUGUUCCAAAUGAAAAUCAGCUUUCCAAUGAAUUAACUUCUGCGCAGUCGAUUGAUUUGGAUGAGGACUCAUUUGCUUCAUUGUCACCGCCACCGAAAUUGAGCAAAAAGGCAUCUGCUAAAAGAGCAGUAAAACCUGGUGGAAGAAAGAAAGCUGAAAAACCAUCGGCAGAAAUAACUGCAGAAGAUCCAAUGGAUGUGUUUAUGGAUUUAGAGAAAGAAGAGAAGGAAAAUAAAGGAAAACGACUAAGCAUUGAGAAAAUAUAUCAAAAAAAAACACAACUUGAACAUAUCCUGCUACGACCUGAUACAUACAUUGGUUCCGUGGAAUAUACCGAUCGAGCUGUAGGUUUACUGUUUUGUUUACUUUCAAUGUGGGUGUACGAUACAGAAACUGAUCGAAUAAUUCAACGUGAGAUCUCAUAUGUGCCAGGUUUGUACAAGAUAUUCGAUGAAAUAUUGGUGAAUGCUGCUGAUAACAAACAACGAGAUCCAAAAAUGAAUCUUAUUAAAGUCAACAUUAAUAAGCAGGAAAAUGAAAUUACUAUAUUUAACAAUGGCCGAGGUAUUCCAGUUGUGCUGCAUAAAAUUGAAAAAUUGUACGUCCCCGAACUUAUAUUUGGUACCCUGCUUACCUCAUCAAAUUAUGAUGACAGUGAAAGGAAAGUUACAGGUGGCCGAAAUGGUUAUGGUGCAAAACUUUGUAAUAUAUUUAGCAAAGAAUUCACUCUGGAAACUUCUACUAGUGAGUAUGGGAAGGCUUUUAAACAGACAUGGAUCAAUAAUAUGUCAAAAGAUGAAGAACCAAAGAUAAUGGACAGUAGCAGAGAUGACUUUACACGAGUAAUUUUCAAACCAGACUUAGCAAAGUUUAAAAUGACUAAAUUGGAUGAUGAUAUUGUGGCAUUGAUGUGUCGCAGAGCUUAUGAUAUUGCUGGCUCAACAAAUGGUGUAAAAGUUUUCCUUAACAACAGACAAAUUCCUGUGCAAGGCUUCAAACAAUACGUUGAACAAUACGUGAAGCACAGUGUUGACAGUAAUGGUGAAGCGUAUAAGGUGAUUUAUGAAUCAGUUAACCCGCGCUGGGAAGUGGCACUCACAGUUUCGGAUAAAGGCUUUCAACAAAUCUCAUUUGUAAAUAGUAUUGCCACCACAAAGGGAGGUCGACAUGUUGAUUACGUUGUAGAUCAGAUUGCAAGCAAAUUAAUUGAUGUGAUUAAGAAGAAAAUUGGUAAAAGUGGUGGCAUUAGUGUAAAACCAUUUCAGAUCAAGAAUCAUAUGUGGAUAUUUGUUAAUGCACUUAUCGAAAAUCCAACAUUUGAUUCUCAAACAAAGGAAACGAUGACGUUGCAAUCAAAAAAUUUUGGUUCAACAUGUGAGCUCUCGGAAAAAUUUAUUCAAGCAGCAUUGAAAUGCGGAAUUGUAGAAGCAAUUAUGACAUGGGUGCGAUUUAAACAACAGGAAAUAUUAGAUAAAAAGUGUUCGUCUAAAAAGACCAGCAAAUUAAAGGGUGUGCCAAAGUUGGAAGAUGCUAACGAUGCUGGUACGAAGAAUUCGGCGCAAUGUACGCUUAUUCUUACAGAGGGCGAUUCAGCAAAAUCGUUGGCUGUUUCAGGUCUUGGGGUUGUGGGGCGUGAUAAGUAUGGUGUCUUUCCUCUUCGUGGUAAAAUGCUUAACGUUCGAGAAGGCAACCAUAAACAGAUAAUGGAAAAUGCCGAAGUCAAUGCCCUCUUGAAAAUUAUUGGUCUUCAAUAUCGUUUAAAAUACGUCAAAGAUGAGGAUAUGAAAACUCUACGAUAUGGCAAAAUUAUGGUUAUGGCCGAUCAGGAUCAAGAUGGAUCACACAUCAAAGGAUUGGUCAUAAAUUUCAUACACUAUAAUUGGCCAGCAUUGGUUAGACGAAAUUUCGUUGAAGAAUUCAUUACUCCAAUUGUCAAGGCAACAAAAGGCAAAGAAGAAAUUUCAUUUUUUUCAUUACCAGAAUACAGAGAAUGGCUUAACAAUACAGAAAAUUGGAAAACAUAUCGCAUUAAGUACUACAAAGGUUUGGGUACUUCGACAUCGAAAGAAGCGAGGGAAUAUUUCAUGGACAUGCGGAGACAUAGAAUACAAUUCAAAUAUAAUGGCGAAGAAGAUGAUCAGGCACUUGAUAUGGCUUUUAGCAAGAAAAAGAUUGAAGAACGGAAAAAAUGGCUUACGAACUGGAUGGCUGAAAGAAGAAGUCGUCGAGAAGAUGGUUUAACGGAAGAAUAUUUAUAUGAUAAAAAUACCCAUGUUGUUUCGUUCAAGGAUUUCGUCAAUAAGGAGCUUGUCCUUUUUUCGAAUUGUGACAAUGAGAGAUCGAUUCCAAGUUUGGUAGAUGGUUUGAAGCCUGGACAACGAAAAGUUUUGUUUACAUGCUUUAAACGAGCUGACAAAAAAGAAGUAAAAGUAGCUCAGUUAGCUGGUGCUGUUGGUGAAAUGUCUGCUUAUCAUCAUGGCGAGGCAUCACUGAUGUCAACAAUUGUGAAUUUGGCACAAGAUUUUGUGGGCUCAAACAAUAUCAAUCUUUUAUUACCAAUCGGACAAUUUGGCACACGUUUGCAGGGUGGCAAAGAUAGUGCCAGUCCACGUUAUAUUUUCACUCAACUCAAUCCUGUAACGAAAGCAUUGUUUCCGUCUGUUGAUGAAAAUGUUCUUCGUUUCUUGUUUGAAGAAAAUCAGAAGAUCGAACCUGAGUGGUACUGCCCAGUUAUUCCCACCGUAUUAGUAAAUGGUGCAGAAGGUAUCGGCACAGCUUGGUCCACAAAAGUACCAUGCUAUAAUCCUCGCGAAAUAGUAGAUAAUAUGCGCGCUUUAAUCGAUGGGAAAGAGCCGAAGCCUUUGAUACCAUGGUACAAACAUUUCCGUGGUACCAUCGAACAACUUGACGAUCAACGAUUUGUUUGUAAUGGCGAAGUAGCGGUUAUUAACAAUGAAACUAUUGAAAUAACUGAAUUGCCAAUUCGUACCUGGACACAAACUUACAAGGAAACAGUACUGGUGCCCAUGAUGGAUGGAAGUGAUAAGCAACCAGCAAUUAUAACAGAUUUCAAGGAAUAUCAUACUGAUACAACUGUUAAAUUUGUUAUCAAAAUGAAUAGUGAUAAACUGCGGGCAUCUAAAGAAGAAGGUCUUCACAAAGUUUUCAAAUUGCAAUCUGUCAUCAACACUACUUCGAUGGUGCUUUUCGAUCCAUUUGGAUAUUUGCGACGAUUUGAAAAUGUUAUAGAUAUUUGUAAAGAAUUCUUUGAAAUACGUAAGAAGAAAUACAUUGAGCGUAAAAGAUUUCAAGAAGGUCUGUUGCGAGCACAGAGUGAGCGACUCUCAAAUCAGGCAAGGUUUAUUUUGGCUAAAAUAAAAGGAGAAAUAUUGAUCGAGAACAAGCGAAAGGCUGCAAUUGUUGAACAGUUGAUAAAAAUGAGCUUCAAGCCAGACCCCGUCAAGAAGUGGAAAGAGGAGAUAAAAAAGCAGGAGUUAAUGAUGUUGGGAGAGGUGGCACAAGAUGAAGAUGACGAGGAACAAGAGGAAAACGAAGAGGAUAUACAUCAGAAUAAGGAGUUGGCUAGCAAAUUAAGCGAUUACGAUUAUUUAGUGGGUAUGGCAAUCCUAAAGCUUUCCGAAGAGGAAAAAGAUAAACUGUUGAAGGAAAGUGAAACAAAACUGAGUGAACUGAAGUCGUUGGAAGAAAUGACGUGGGCAGAUUUGUGGCGUGAUGAUUUGGAUUAUUUUCUUGCCGAACUCGAAAAACAGGAAGCAAAAGAACAAGCUGAUCUUGAUAUACAGAUUAAGAAUGCAGCGAAAAAACUACAAUCUGACAUUAGCAGCAUCGGACGAAAAAAAGCCGCUGUUGGUCUAGUUAGGGCAACAAAUAUACAGGAAGUGUUACCUGAUCCAUUUGCUGAGCGGGUGAUACCAAAAAUUGAUGCAAUGAAAGAAAAAUAUGAGCAGAAGAAAGCUUGUGAAGGCCGUGCUGGAAGGCGCAAAUUACUUGCUGUGAAAGAAUCAAAGCGUGAAGGAGAUGAUAUGCGCAAAUUUUUCAAUCAAAAUGGAAAUGGUAAGCAAGAAAAUCAAUCGAAGGUGAAAGGUAAGCAAGGAAAGCCAAGAAAAGAUGAUCAGAGAGAUGAAAAAGAUGUCGUUGAAGAAUUAUCCGUGCACGAGAGCAGUGAUGACAGCGUUAUUGCUUUACCACAUGCUAAGAAGCAAAAUAUUAAUAGCAAAAAUGAUGUUGAAAAAGUAAGAGACGUUCAGCGAAAUGUAGCCUCAGAAGGUGAAAAAAAUAGCAGAGAAGGAGGCAAGCGAGAAAUGAUCGAGAAGAAAACAAAGCAAAAACAGAGUUCUCCAGCGAUGCGUAUGGAGGAUUUCUUUAGACCCAAAAUUGGAAAGAAGCAACAGCGGCAUCAAGAGCAUUCCAGUGGAUCAGAUCCGGAAACUUCCGAUGAAGCUGGACCAUCAGGACAAAAAGAACUUCCUUUACGCCGAAGAGCUCGCGUAAAUUAUAAUGUUGAUGUUGAUAGCAGUGAUCAUGACAAUGAGGAUGAAAAAACGAAAGAUGACUCUUUUGUCGUUCCUAAGAAAAAACGUAAUAGGAAAGUGGUUGAAAGUGAUAGUGAUGAGGAUUACGAGAUGCAGCUUAGUAGUGAUUAG